UUUGGCGCCAAUCAAAAAUCCAAUUUCCGGAAAUGACUAGGCGGAUCUAAGUUGAUCCGGGCAUUUUGAUGGUAAUGCGCGUCUCAAAAUGGCGGUUGGGAAAAUAUUUAGAUCACAUAACACAUUUCAUUAAUUUGGAAGGUGAAAGAUUAGUUUAGCUACUUCCAGCAUGUCGACGAUGAGAAGAAGAUCUCAGACAGGUCCUCGGACCGACACGACAUACGACAUUUAUGUUUACAUGACUGAAGGAAAAUAUCCCGAUGGCGCAAACGAGAAUGCGAGGAGGAACCUGCGAAAACGAUCCAAAAUGUUCAAGUUGAAAGGCAGUGAAGUGUUUCAUGUCUCUACUACAAAGGACAGGUUUGGUAAAGAUGUUCAGAGAGAGAGACUUGUUCUAACAGACAAUGCUAAAAGGAAUGCAGUCAUCAGCGAGUUGCAUGUGGAUGAGAAAGGCAAUCACUUAGGAAGGGAAAAAGUAUUAAGUGCCUUGACUGAAAAAUACUACUUUGUUGGAAUGAAUAACAAAGUCAGAGAGUAUCUUUUGAAUUGUUCCUCUUGUCGCUCACGUUUUAAACUGGAAGGAUUGUCUGAUGGAAGCACAUCAGCAGUAUCAGAUUUGGAUGAUAUGGAUGACAACGACUCAAAUGCAUCCUUUUCUGAGGAUGGCAAACUUAUCAAAUCAGAAUGGCCUGCACGUUCGCAAGAGGCACUACAUUUCUGGGACAUUGUGGAAUUAAAUGUGAUGGGUCCUUACGACUGUAUAGACAGUAAACAUUACAUUGUUGUGUUUCUGGAUCUGUUCUCCAACUGGCCUGAAGCUUUUGUUGUGGAUUCUGUAUCCCCAUCAGUUGUUACACAUCUUUUGUUGAACCUGAUUUGCAGGUUUGGUUGUAUGAAGACGCUGAUGAUCAGGGAGUCAACAAACUGUGCUAAAGAGGACCUCACACCUUUACAGAAAUCACUUGAGAAGUCGGGAAUUGACAUUAACAUAAAUCAGUUUUCUUCAGCUCUCUCAGAAAAAAUUUGGAAGGAGAUGGGAGAUAACUUGGAUUCAUUUACCAAGAAUAAUGCACACUGGCCGCACUGUUUGGAAUUUGCUUUGUUACCACAUCGAGUGUCAAGACCAGAGCGUUCCGAGUAUACACCAGCUUAUAUUACCUACGGAAGAGAACUAAAUUUGCCAUCUAGUAUGCACAAGGGAGAAGGUGAUAACUUUCCUUCAGCUGAGCCACACCUGAGUUUGGAGGAUAUGACAGCAUUGUCAGACAAGUUUCAGUCAGUUUAUUCAUCCUAUGGGAAAAACAUUCAAGCAUGGAAUUCCUGCUCUCAACCAUUCUGUGUAAUUCCUUCAUUAAACUCAAGUGAAACUGUGAAGACACCAGGUAAAAGAGGGAGAAAGAAGAAAAAUCCUGCCCCUCCUCCACCCCCGCCAGAGGAACAAGAUUCUGAUAAAGAGGCUGAGGAGGACAUGCCUCCACCUGCUACAGAUGUGACCCCAAGAACCACUGGGCGAAAAAGAAAACGCAACAUCAGUCGCAUCACACGCCUCAUUAAUGCAGAAGAUGAUGAAGAUGACGAGGAUCACCCUCCAAAGCAGGACCCAGAUGACAAAGACUACUCUCCCAGUAACAAGAUGGUCAAAGUCAAUACAGAGCAGGAUGGGGAACCAUCGGAUCCCAAAGCUCCUUUGAUCAUGAAGUUAACACCUCCAACACCAAAGAAGCACAUUUGUAAUGGAUGUGGGAAAGAGUUUUCGCGUUCUGAUGUACUUAGGCGCCAUAUUCGCGAAAUGCAUGAAGCACACGAGUCCAUGAUAAACAUUUGUCCCGAGUGUGGCAUAUGCAUCAAGAGGAAACAUCAUUUAGCAAGACACAUAAAACAAGUCCACAGUAAAGGUUGUGAGUGCAAAGCUUGUGGGGAAAUGUUUGGAAACAAGAUUGAACUAAAAGAGCACAUUUCAACCGCACAUGAUGGCUACAAUUGUGAGAAAUGCAACAGAAACUAUACUUCAAAGUCUGGACUCAAGUUUCACAUAGCACAGGAGCACGAGCAGAAAUACCCUUGUCCUAUUUGUGGGAAAUCAUCUGGGUCUAGUUCAAGCUUUAACAAACAUUUGGCUUCACACACUGAAGGAUCUGAUAUUAAAUGUCCCCAUUGUCGGUACAUAUUCCCAAAUAAAGACACAUUUAUGGCUCACAGAGAAUCCUGUCGAAUGUCAAGAGCAUACACUUGUAAUCAGUGUGGUAAAGGCUUUUCAAGCAAAAAUUCAUUCCAGCAUCAUGAAGCCACACAUUUUGAUGGCAAGUUUCCGUGUCACAUUUGUGGAAUAAAAUUCUCAUUCAGUACCAAUUUGAACCGUCAUAUAAGAACAGUUCAUGUUGCUAAAGCAGAGGGAGAGGAUGUUAAGUCACCUGAAUUGUCGGCAGAUAAAGAAAGCUCCGAUCAAACUGGGAGUGUACCGGAAAACCAGAAAACUGCAAGUGCUGGUAACUUGUUUGAAUCUGGAGUUGUUGUACCAGGAAUGGAUGACACUCAAAACAACAGCCUAAACCAGAUAGUUGAAGCUAUUAAACUGCAAGUGGAGAGGAGGAUAUCUUCUGGGUAUUGUGGCAAUGGUGAUAUUCCAGGAAAACAGAGUGUGGGGACUGAUGCCAUGGAGGCAGCAGAGACCACUUCACCUCAGAAACCAGUUGUGUCCAGCAGCAGUAACCAGUUGUCGAGAGAAAUAACCACUGUAAGCAAGAAUGCAAAUAUCCAGGUUAUUCACCAGCCUGCUUCAACAAAACCAACUUCAACUGGGGUUCAAGAAUUUGCUCUUGUUUCAAAUGAAAAUUCCAAAGGACAAGAUAUCAAUAGUGGGAAUAUAUGGAUAGCGCUUCAUGAAUCUGGAAAACCUGCUAGAAAUAUUGUUAUGAACCAAGCAGCUAAUACAUACCAGACAGAAAAACCACAAACUGGGGGCAUUUCAAAUUCAGAAAAUGUUCAAGUUGCAAAGAAACCAGUGCCAGUAUCUCAUAGUGAACAAAUAUCUCCAGCCGUUGCUAUCUCUAAUGUACCUGCUACAUACCGCAUCAUAUCUGAUCAGGUACACCUCAAAUCCACACCAUCCAGUGUUCCCACUUAUAGAGUGAUCACUGCUGAAAGAGGCGCACAGCCCAAAUCCACAGCAACAGUGCUCCCAAACAUAUACACAGUGAUGACCUCCGAUCCAAGCCGAGCCAAGGCCACCAGCCUUCUCCCCAGCACUUACGUAGCAGCAACUUCUGAACAAGUUCAAGUCGCUGUACAGAAGCCACAAUCCAUCGUCAUGACAGCAGGUCAAGGACAGAGCUCUGUACCCUUGACCUACACAGUUCAACAACCAGUGCCAGUAGUUACCAGUAUGCAGAAAGUUCCGUCAGGAAGUCGUGACUUGGCUUCUUACAUGCAAAAAGUUUUGCCCGACUCUUGCAGCGCAAUGCCAUCUUCUUUGCUGCAGAAAGUUGAAAGUGGGUCUUAUGGAAUUGUCACCGAAGAACAUUCUUCCCAGGUCUACAGUAUUGCAACAACGGACGAUGAUAGUAAAAACCUAGAUGUUACUGCUUAUAACGUAAUAGUAAAGGAAAUAAACGAUCCAGUUCAACCAGCUGCAGAGGUUGUACCAAAUGCUGGCUUGCAUGCUGUACAGAGUUCAGACAUUACUGAGGCUGAUGGUAUAGAAAGUGGGGGAGAUUCCUUCUCAGAAGCAACAGCUGACCCUGUCCAAGAGGACGUACAGUUUACAUCAGAGCUGACAACCCAGGUGCAGGAAGCUGUAGAGUAUGACACAGUGACCACCGACCCAGAUAUUAUCUCACCUGCUAACCCUGAUCCCGCCUCAAACUCCUAUCCAUCACAGUUGGGGGACAGUGAUGGCACAGAUUACACGAUGGUGGUGGAUUCGUUACAAACUGGGGAACAGCCAAAGGGGCAGCAUUCAUCAUACACCACAGAAGCUUCGGAAAACGUUGAAAACUUGAUGCAACUAUCAGACUCGUCACAAAUGAAUCUGCCUGUUGAAAACCCAAACGAAAUGGAGACUUCUGAGCUGGAUGCGUAUUAUCAGGCCAUCUUCCAGUACAAGAAACACAAGUCCUACCUGCCAGGCUGCCCAGACAAUUACAAGAGAGUUUUACGGAAGUCUGCUGUUAGCUACACAGUGUUUGAGGACAAGCUGUUCUAUACAACAGACGGAGAACUACGCUAUGUUCCAAUGACAUGGAAAGAGAGACUGUACUAUUUGGCCUCGGCCCACAUGUCACAGAAAGGUAAACACAUAAAUAAGAACAACAUGGCACAAUGGAUGACAGAUAAAAAGAUUGCUUGGAAAGGUAUAUCUGUGGACUGCACAGCAUUUGCAGCUGCUUGUCCUCACUGCACUCUUGGUGAAAGGAAAUCGGAACCCAUUAGCAAGCAGUCCUUCAAAGAUGACCCAGUUCUAAAGAUGGCUGAAGAUAACUACAGUCUGCUGCUGAACUACCUUCAGAAGCAGACGUUUCCCUCGACCACUCCUCAGUCCCAGAAAGACACAGUUACUAGCAUUGCAAAAAACUUUGUGAUUCAAAAAGGAGUGCUGUAUCACAAAAAAGGGAAAAUGGGAGACUUGAGAUGUCUGGAAGUAGGGACCAAGGACAGGAAAGUAGCCAUGCAGGCUGCUCAUGUUAGCAAUGAUGAACACUUUGGACCAGGAGACACAUUUUCCAGGUUGUCAGAUAAGUUUGUGUGGAAUCGCAUGGGUGAAAGUGUCAACAAUUUUAUUGCUGGCUGUUGUAAGAAAAAAGAUGAGGAAUAUGCAACCCCAAGAACACUUAUUAAUAGGAAUGUGGAUUUCUUCAACAAACAGUUUCUAAAUGGGGUGGUAGACAAAAUUUUGGUUCAAGGGAAAGAAAAAUAUUCCAAACCUGUUAUACAGGACUUGCUAGAUCACAUUAAAGAGGAACCAAACAGUCCAGUAAAGGAAGAGGAAGCAGUGGAGAUGGGAGAGAAAAAUGAAGAAAAUGAAAAGCAGGAAGGGAAUACGUCAGGAGAGAAAAGUGAAGUAAAGGAAACACAGGAAGGCAAUGAGAAUCAGAAAGUAAAGGAAACACAGGAAGGCAAUGAGAAUCAGAAAGUAAAGGAAACACAGGAAGGCAAUGAGAAUCAGAAAGUAAAGGAAACACAGGAAGGCAAUGAGAAUCAGAAAUGCCAAGAAAAGACAGAUAAAGCUGGAGAGACAGAAGAGAAAACUGAAGAAACAGAGAAGCAGAAAAAGAGUACUACUCAGAAUCAAACUCUAUGUAAGGAACAGAGCCCCACGAAUAGAAAAAUCACUUCUACUAAGAGCUUUACCAGAGGCCCCGAGAAGGAAACAGAGGCACAUGGUUUGGAUACCAUGAUAACCACGACAGUUGGGAAUGUGAUGAAGACUGGAAUAAUGAGUGACAGAGUCACAAGGACUGCUGUCAGUUCAAUCAUUCCGCCUGAAGAACUAGAAGAAGAAGAAGAAGAAGAAGAAGAGGAAGAAGCCAUGCAAACUGAAACAUUGACUGAGGUGGUUCCCAAAAUCGAGGAUGUUUCAGGGUCUUCAUCUACCGGUGUUAAAGAAGAAAAAAAAGGAAAAGCCAUUCAUUUGGUUUGUGAAUACUGUGGGAUGAUAUUCAAGGGACACAACAAAUAUAAAAUACACAUGUAUGGCCACACUGGUGUUAAACCUUACCCGUGUACCUUGUGUGAUAAAUCCUUUACUCUGAAGAAAACACUCAAAUUCCAUCUUGGCAAACAUGCUGGUCAGAAACCAUUCCUGUGCAAUAUUUGUGGCAAAAGAUUUCAUGUUCCCAAUAGCCUGCGCUCUCAUCUACAGAUUCAUGCCAAGGGAGGCAACAACAUCCAUUAUUGCAAGCUCUGUAACAGGGAGUUUGCCACAGAUGCUAGGUUUGAGAAGCACCUGAAGUUUAAACAUCCCCCAGAGGAAGAAGAGCAUCUCUGCUCUCAGUGUGGGAAGAAGUUCUGCAGCCGCAAGAGUUUAAAGCGUCACGAAAAGUCUGCUCAUGAUGCAGUGAAAAGUCAUUUUUGCAAGGUUUGUGAAAGAGGUUUCUUCAGAAAAGAAUACCUAAAUCGCCAUAUGCAACAGCACGAAUUACAAACAGAAGGAGGAACAAAGAAAGUGAAAUCUCUAGUUAUAAGGAAGCCGAAAGCCUUGCAGAACAAGAAACCAACAACAAAAACAGUUGAAAAAACCGAACCCGGAAACAUCAUCAUUCAGACCGUACAAGAAGGGGAAAACCCAUCCAUUUCCAAUGUGGUCGGUAACAUCCGGAUUGAAGUGGAGCCCGGUCAGGUGGAGGAGUACUUCAUCCACGAAGGUGACGGCUCCACAGAGAACAUGUAUUACGCGGUGGAAACUAACGAGGUGGAUCAGGAGGGUGGCGGCAGCACGCUGGUGUACAGCUUUCCUUCUGUCCAGUAUGAGAUCGAGUGUCCGGACGGACAGCUCAAUCAGGAGGCCUUGUCUGCCAUCACCAUGUUGGCUCAAGCUUCCAGUCAACAAAAUAUGCUCUCAAGGGCAAAGCCGGCCAUUGGGCCCGGCUCAACAACACCAGCUAAAGAAAAUAAGAAAAAGAAGCAAGUUCCAAAAGUUGAAGACUUUUUGAACAUGAGAGACUAUACAGGGGCAAUUACCCUUUUAGAGUUCAACAGAAACAGUGGAAAAGGUAACGAUGAAACUGAUCUAUGGAUCGCAUACUGUGCAUUUCAUCUUGGGGAUUACAAAAGAUCUAUGGAGGAAUUUGAGAGAAUGACAAGACGGGAUGGCUGUCACCCAGACGUGUGGACAAACCUGGCCUGCUGCUAUUUCUUUCUUGGAAUGUACCCUGAAGCUGACACAGCUUGCGCAAAAGGUCCCAAAAGUAAGCUUCAGAAUCGAUUACUGUUUCAUCUGUCUCACAAAUUUGGGGAUGAGAAAAGGUUGAUGGGCCACCAUCAAAGCCUGCAGGAUGUGAUUGAGGACCAACUUUCACUAGCCUCCAUACAUUACUUACGGAGUCAUUACCAGGAGGCCAUAGACAUAUACAAACGGAUACUGUUAGACAACAGAGACUUUUUGGCACUGAAUGUAUAUGUGGCUCUGUGCUAUUACAAAUUAGACUACUAUGAUGUGUCACAGGAAGUUCUAGCAGUUUAUCUCCAGCAAUAUCCAGAUAGUGCUAUUGCUCUGAAUCUCAAGGCCUGUAAUCAUUUCAGACUUUACAAUGGGAAGGCUGCAGAGGCAGAAUUGAAAAGUCUUCAGGAGAUGUCCUCACCUUCUUUUGUAUUUGCCAGAGAUCUCAUCAAACACAACUUGGUGGUGUUCCGAGGAGGUGAAGGGGCUUUACAAGUUUUACCUCCCCUUAUUGAUGUUUUACCAGAGGCUAGGCUGAACUUAGUCAUCUACUACCUUAAACAAGAUGACAUAGCAGAGGCCUACAAUCUGAUAAAAGAUCUGGAACCCACCACUCCCCAGGAGUACAUUCUGAAGGGUGUGGUCAAUGCAGCCUUAGGUCAAGAGCAAGGAUCUAGGGAACAUCUCAAAAUAGCUCAACAGUAUUUCCAACUUGUUGGGGGUUCAGCUAGUGAAUGUGAUACUAUUCCUGGUCGUCAGUGCAUGUCUUCAUGUUUCUUUCUGUUAAAGCAGUUUGAAGAUGUGUUAAUAUAUCUGAACUCUAUCAAGAGUUAUUUCUACAAUGACGACAGUUUCAACUUCAACUAUGCUCAAGCUAAGGCUGCAGUGGGAAACUUCAAGGAAUCAGAAGAGGUGUUCUUGUUGAUCCAGAGUGAGAAGAUUAAAAAUGACUACACAUAUCUGAGUUGGCUUGCCAGGGUUUACAUCAUGAACAGAAAAUCAAGGCUGGCCUGGGAGCUGUACCUCAAAAUGGAGACCUCAGGAGAAUCUUUCAGCCUGUUACAACUCAUAGCAAAUGACUGCUACAAGAUGGGACAAUUUUACUAUGCUGCCAAGGCCUUUGAUGUGCUGGAGAGACUUGAUCCUAAUCCCGAGUACUGGGAAGGAAAAAGAGGGGCCUGUGUAGGUGUAUUCCAGAUGAUCAUAGCCGGCCACGAACCAAGGGACACACUGAGGGAUGUGAUUAAUAUGCUCCGGAACACCAGUAAUCCCCAGGUGGAGUAUAUCAUUCGAUCCAUGAAGAAAUGGGCCAAGGAAAAUCUGGUUCCUCUUCCAUAGUGUGUGCGUGUCCACUAUUUGUUUUGCAAACUAACAAUUCUCAACUGCUCUGUUUGUUUUAGAACAUUGUCUUAAUUGUAGAGUUCUGAUUCUAGGUUCAGAUUAAUCCAAACAAACAACAGAAUCAGAGAUCGAGCAAAUGGUUCAUAUUUUAUACAGAUGCAUGUUAAAAACUGCAUGUUUCUUCAAGCAUGUGAUAUUUUGCACUAGAUUGCAUGGAAUUGUUGUAUAUUUUUUUAUUGCAUGGAGGCUAUGAAAAUGUGUAUUUCUUUAGUUAUAUCUUGGGGGGUUGGGGGGCUGGAUUGUUGAUGAGGAAAUGACAGUCUGUGUAUAUUACAGCAGUGUAUCAAGAUUACUGAGGAUUGAUGGAACUGUUGUACAUUUAUUGAUUUUUUACGUUUUACAACCGUGAAUUAUCCGUCCAAUGACUGUACAGUGUGUAUAUUUAUGAGUUAAUUAUUAAUGGAAUACUGUACAACCUAAAUGAGAAAAUAAACCAAAAAUAUACUGUCUCAUUUUUACUUAGUAUCCAUUUAGUGAUUUGACUUUCAUAUAAAAUGCACAUAAGGGAGGCUAAUCCUACUAAAGUGGAAAAAUGCCUCUGGUCAGCUAAAUGGGCACGAAUACCGGUAUAUGAAAACUAUGUCAGUAAUGAAAAAUAGAAUCUGGUUUCGCAGUUUAGUUUGUCAAGGUUACUCUCCAAAGAAGGUUAAAAGGGGGCGGACCCUUUAGAAAAUUCAAUAUUUGAAAUAUGCAUCAAAGAACCCAUCCCCUUUUAACCUUGAUGGUGGAGACAGCAGGUUAUGGCGGAGGGGACGAUAAAAAUAGCGGGAUAACCAAUAGCCAUCCAAAGAGGUAUUAAUGAAAAUAAAACCAAUUUUCUCAACUUUAUCAAAAUCCAACUUUUAUUAUUUUCACAAUUAUACAUGAACUCUCCAAGAACAUUACAAAUAUAUACAUGUAUAUUAUAAAUCUCGUGUAUAAAUAUCAAAUUAAUUACAUCACAAUAUUCAUAACAAUAAUGAUUCUUAAACAAAGAAAGGCGUUUCAUUGCCAACAACAACAAACACAUAAAA